AUGCCCGCCAUGAAAGAGCGUAACCCUCAAGGCGAGCGCGGAACUCGUCCUGUCCGCGUUGCCAAUGUUGCCGGAGGCCAGAUGGAAGCACCAUGGCAGUUCCGCAAGCAAGCGACCAUGGGUGACAUUGACUUCAUCACUGGCGACUGGCUGGCGGAGAACAACAUUGCACAGGAAGCGGCCGCCAUGGAGGCUGGAACGGGAGAGGGUUUCAAGAAGAAUGCCUGGCAAGGUCUCCAGCAGACCAUGGACGUUAUUGCAGAAAAGGGCAUCAAAGUCGUAAUCAACGGUGGUGGACUUGGCCCGCAGAACAUGGCCAAGCGCUGCCAGGAGCUUAUCGACGAGAAGGGCUACGACUUGAACGUGGCAUAUGUAUCUGGCGACAAUAUCGUCAGUCGGGUGAGGUCUUCACUCAAAGAGACAAACAAGAUGCCUCAAAGCUGGCAGGAUAUGAGCGGCAAAAACCACGAGGACGCAAAAUUCACAGCCGAGCAAGUGCUGGCUGGCACUGCAUACAUUGGAGCUCGAGCGAUUGUGAAGGGCCUUGAGAAUGGCGCGGACAUUAUCAUCUGCGGCCGUGUGGCUGAUGCAUCGCCAGUCAUUGCCGCAGCAUGGUGGUGGUAUGGCUGGCAGGACACAGACUACGAUCGUAUAGCAGGAGCGUUCCUCGCUGGGCACAUCAUCGAAUGUUCUGCGUACGCUUCGGGGUCCAACUUCUCCGGUUUCAAUCGCUUCCCGUUGGAAACCUACAUUGAUUCUGGAUUCCCGAUCGCGGAGAUUGCACAAGAUGGUACCUGCGUUAUUACCAAGCAUGAAGGUACUGGUGGCCAGGUAACUGAAGAGACCAUUAAAUGCCAGCUUCUGUACGAGAUCCAGGGCAACGUCUACCUCAACAGCGACGUCAAAGCACUUCUUGACGACGCUCAGAUCAAGGAGGUUGGCAAAGACCGUGUCCGCCUUUCCGGCAUCAAGGGGCGCCCGCCGCCGCCCACGACCAAGCUGGCCAUCUUCUUCCAGGGAGGCUACGAGGCGCAGAAUUUGGCCAACUUUGCGGGUUACUCGAACAACAGGAAACAUAAGUUGUACGAGAUACAGAUCAGAGACAGAUUGAAGGACAUGGGCCUGCUUGGUUCCUUUGACAUUUUGGAGUUUCAAAACAUCGGCAACGCGAGGGAGAACCCACGGAGCAUGUUCGAGAGCACGACCUACUCGCGGAUCUUCGCGCAGGCGAAGACACCAGAGCCGCUGUCCGCCCUCAAACUUUUGCUUGCUGAUAAUACACAGCAGAAGCCUUCGGGACUCCACUGGGCACAAGACAUGCGGACAGCAGACCCCAAGUCGUUUUACGUGUACUACCCGUGCAUCAUGCCACAAGACGAGCUGGAGGAAGCAGUACACUUCCUCAACAAAGGCGACAAACAAGCACAGUCUAUUCCUUCUGGCCAUCCACCCGCCUAUGAAGAGUUUGGGGAGCGAGACAGCUACGACACUGCGAACCCUGUUCCACUUGAUUCCUUCGGCUCGACCGUGACGAUGCCUCUGGGAAACAUUGUGAUCGGAAGAUCAGGAGACAAGGGACCGAACGUCAACAUGGGCUUGUUCACCGACCGGCCGGAAGUAUGGGAAUGGCUGCGGAGCUUCCUGACGCUGGAGAAGAUGAAGGAGCUGGUCGGGCGGGACUGGAAGGAAGAGUUCCGGAUCGAGCGUGUGGAGUUUCCCGGAAUCUACGCGGUGCACUUUGUGAUAUACGGCAUUUUGGGUCGUGGCGUGAGCAGCUCGACGUUGUUGGACAACAGAGGCAAAGGCUUCACGGACUACAUCCGCGCGAAGCAUAUACAAGUGCCGGAGAAGUUCAAGCAGUGGGCAUGGGAGGAGAAGGACGAUACAUCAGCGACUGCCCGCAAACGCAAGAAGCCGACCAAUGAUUCUGGCGAAGGCGAGCGAGUUGUCAAGCACCGCUCAGGACAAGCCUGUUUGGCCUGCAGGAACCGCAAAGUGAGAUGCGACGUCGUGGUGAACGGGACUCCGUGUACCAAUUGCAAACUGGACCAAGUGGAAUGCGUCACUUUGGCCAGCCGCAGGGGCAAGGUUGGCCACAACCGUCAAGCGCCCUCCGACAGCCAGACCGUCCGGUCUCCUUCGCCCCCUCCGCAGCAGAGGACGGGCGAGUCGAGCCCAAGUGCAUCGAGGAGGAAUGGCUGGCUAGACCACGAGCCCGCAGCUCCUUCCACCGGGUCAGAAGGCGACGGCUGUGUGCCCGCGUGUGUGACAUUUGACCAAGAUAUCGAUCGUCCUGGAGAGGACCAUGACCACGCCGAAGGCAUUCUCAGUAGAGGUCUUGCAGACAACGGAUCGACCGACAUCUUAGAUGGGCUGCUCACACCCGAGACCGCCAUAAAUCCAGAGAAGCAGCCGAACGCUCCUCUUCAGCAAUCACAGCACCAGCGAAGUCCGGACGGGAGGAGGCAGCUCCCGAAUUUCGUCGCUGCGCUGCCUUCGCGACUUCCCAUCGAGGAUGUGGAGUUUCUCGCUCGAAAGGGAGCAUUCUCGUUGCCGGAGCCUGACAUGUGGGCGGAGAUCUUGCGUGGCUACAUGUUCAGCGUUCACCCUUUCAUGCCAAUGCUGGACUACCGAACGUUCAUAAGCGCAGUCUUGAACGACCAGGUGGACGGCCAUAUCAGCCUUCUGCUGUUCCAAGCCGUCAUGUUCGCCGGCGUGCACUCCCUCCCACUGCCCACGAUUCACCGGCUUGGGUUCGAAUCGACGAAGCAGGCUCGCCAGGUCUUCUUCCAUCGUGCGAGACUCCUGUACGAGUUUGAUGUUGAAUCCGAUAGCGCUGCAGUACUUCAAUCAUUGCUACUCAUGAGCUCGUGGUACAGCCGCUGGGACGAGCGCAGGCACACUUGGCACUGGACCGGGCUGGCGUAUGACUCUGCCCGUAGCAUGGGACUGCACCGUGAGCCCACUCAGAGGGUCAUGAACGAAAGCACGAAACGCUUCCGAAGAAGGCUGUGGUGGAGUCUGUAUAUCCGCGACCGGAUGAUCGCGCUCGGGACUCGUCGGCCCAUGCGAAUUCAAGAUCACGAGUUUGACGUAGCUAUGCUAUCGGUGAACGACUUUGACGAUCUGAAGAUGGAAGAGGGCACCGAGCAGCUGCAGUCAAUCAUACCAAGCAAGGGAGAACGUCACUCCACUGCCCUGAUGUGCGUACAGCUAGCAAGGCUGGGCGUUUGCAUUGGCCGCGUGGUGUCAUCCCAAUACAGCACCCUUACUGCGCAAACUGACAUCCCACACACCAUGAUGGUAGUGCCGAGACGCAGUACCGGCCGCACGGCAGAGCUGGGCAACUGCGACGCUGAGUUAGACGAGUGGAGCCAAGCACUGGAGGAGAAAGUAGGAAGGACUUGCUCGCCUGCUGCGAAGGAUGAGUCCAACGUCUGCUCUGAAGUGCAUUGGGCCAUGCUGAAUAUGGCUUAUCUCACAGUCAUGAACGUUUUGCAUCGCGCGCAAGCACUACAGCCACCCACAAAUGCCAGUGAAGGGAUGCAUAACCCGCAGAGGUCAUCAAAGACGAAGGUCAAAGACGCUGCACGGAGCCUCACGAAACUAUCACAGAGCAUGUUGCGGCAUGACCAGGUCCGCUUCCUGGGACUGCUUGGUGUUACCGCACUCGUGGCGGCUUGCCUAUCUCAUAUGCUGGACAUCAACUCAAGCGAUGAGGACGUCCGAGAUGCUAGCACCUUUCGUCUCUGCCAAAGCCUUCAGGUCUUGCAAUCGCUUGCGGGGAUAUAUGCUUCAGCGGAUGCUGCGCUCGAUUUCCUUGCCUCUGUGACACGCAAAGCUGGGAUAACCAUUCCGGUGAACGCAGAUGCACCGACCCCCGACUUCCUCGCAGCAUCGGCCCGCAGUCCGCUGAAGCCUUUGGGAGGUGUGACGCCUCAGAAUGGCUGCAAGGACCUGGGUCGUCGUUCAUACGGUAGGCCAGUGAAUAUGUCAAGACCGACCCCGGGGUCCCAGCGCUCUCCGCGUGUGGCGCACAGCAACCUUCAGGGACUUCAUGGGUUACCUGACGGGUCUGAACAGACUCUUGAUCACCGCGAUGGUAUGAUGCCACUGGGAUCAGGCACUUCAGCGCCUAUGAGCUCACACGUACCUCCAUCAUCUUUGCACGGAGCAGCCAAUGCGGGUAUCGGAGAAACCACUCCUCAGGCUGUUGGUAAUGCUGCAACAGACCCGUCAAACAUAAUUCCCGGCGAGGACUUCUUCGGCUGGAAUAAUGACAUACUGGACAACUCGAUAUUUGAUCCUGGACCAAUGGCUUUCAACUACGACUUCUACUCUGAUGCUUUCGGCUUUCUUGACGGUAAUUCUCAAGGUUUCUGA